AUGGCUUGUGCCGAGCUGACGAGCAGGUGGAGGAGUGCUGUGGGUUACGAUGGACGAACGGGGGGUGGGUUGUUGCAGACAUUGACAGAGAGGGACGACCAACAGAAGGUGCAAAGGCGCAAGAAGACGAAAGACCAGCAGGUCCGGGGGAUUGACGUGACGGUUGGACAUGGACGAGCCGGGCAAGCGCGGGCGGUGGUUUCAGAAAAAGACAAGCAAGACUUUUCAAAGAGGGACAAAGCAGGCCACACGGGCAAGGAUACGGCGCAAGAUCAAGCCGGGUUUGCAACGGGGAGGAUGGCUCUGCCGGCCAUCCCGGUGGUGCCGAGGGCUGAGGCAGAGGCAGAGGCAGAGAGGGGUGGUGGUCGUGGUGGUAUGCCAGUGGCUUGCAGUGCCACUGACCAACGAUACAUGAAUGUGAUGCACACGCGGUGCGGCUUACCAGGCAGCCGAAACGCGCGACCGGGGGGGAGCAAUGGCAACAUGCAAACGGCAGCGGUGACCCAAGCCGCAUACGAGCUGGCCCCUUCAGCACGGUCCCUCAAGUGUGAGAGCCUGUUGCUGCAACUGCGACACGACCGCAAGAAGCGCCAGCGCGUCAAGGACAUUCUUCGAGCUCAAGACGAACUCAAGGAUGUUCGCAAAAGUUACAAUGAUAAGAAAAUGUGA